AUGGAGUUUUACGGUUUGGGACUAAUUUUCCUUUGCCUUGUCCUUCGUCCACUUCUGAACGAGGCGUUCCUUCAAAAAGUUGGGCGUCCGGAGAGAAAUUAUAUUUCUAAUCACGCUUCUAUUACUGUUCUACCUGAUCGUGUUGGUCAUUUUGCACAAUACAGAAGCAGGGAAGGACAAUGGGGAAGUCAAGCAGAACUUGUGGUCUAUGGAUUACCAAAUAUCAAACGCAACCAAUACUCUGCAGUAUUUAUUGGCAUUGCUAAUGGGUUGGAUGGUCCAUCUAAUAAUGUUAAUUCAAUAUCGGCCGGAUGGCAUGUGUAUCCGGAUCUGUAUAACGAUACAGAUACUCAUUUUUUUACUUAUUGGACGGGUGACGGUUCUAAGAUUACAGGCUGCUACAAUCUUUUGUGCAAUGGUUUUGUACCUGAGAAUAAGGCUUCUUCCAAAUUACCAGGAUUUAAGAUUGAGCCGCUUUCAGAAUACAACGGAGUUCAACAUGUUGUUAAAGUUAAAAUACACCAGGAUGAGAACAGUGGAGAUUGGUGGUUACACGUUGACAAUUCGCCAAUAGGAUUCUGGCCGAAAACUUUAUUCACGGGUCUAUCUCAAGGUGCCCAAGAAAUUAGUUGGGGUGGAGCAGUAAACUUUGACAAAAAUGACGAUAGUCCUCCCAUGGGCAGCGGUCAUUUUCCUGAGGAAGGCGAAGGAAAGGCAGCAGCAAUUCAAAAUAUUCAGUUUGCAGAUAAAAGCGGAAAUACCUAUGCAUUGACAGACGGUGAAGAGUUUGCUUACGAUGACAGGACCGAUUGCUACAGGUUGGGAGAGUUCAUAAAUGAAAAGACAGGAUCCAAGUUUUAUUUCGGUGGUGUAGGCGGUAUUAUAGGUGGCUGUAAGUGAUCGUAACUGCUCAAAUUGUAAUAAGUUCUCAUUCUAGCAAAGGUGAAUACUGAAUGGAGAGACCACUUUAUUAGAUUCAUGAGAAUAUAUAUAA